UACUCUAGUUUGCUCAGACAAGGGCAGACAAAAUGGAGGUGAAAGAGAACGGGACAGCUCCGCUUCCGUGUCUGAGCAAAUACGUGGAUCCAUCGAGUGAAGAGAGUCAUAGAUACUAUCUUGCGCGGCGAAAUGCUUUGGUGAUGCUCCGAGACAGAGGCUACGACGUCUCCUCCGAAGAUAUCAGUCUCUCCCUCGACGAUUUUCGAAAUGUUUACGGCGAACGUCCCGAUGUUGACCGUCUCCGUAUCUCUGCUAAACACAUCUCCGAUCCUUCCAAAAAGGUAAAGAUUGUCUUUUUUAGUGGCAUGGUUAAAGUCAACGCAAUCCGUAGUAUAGCGGCGGAUGUACUCAGCCAAGAAACCAUAACCGGGCUUAUAAUAAUUCUGCAAAGCCAUGUAACCAAUCAAGCCUUGAAAGCCAUCGAACUUUUUCCAUUCAAAGUCGAGAUAUUCCAGAUAACUGACCUGCUAGUCAACAUAACGGAACAUAUACUGAAGCCAGAACAUCGAGUUCUGGAUGAUAAACAGAAGAAAAGGCUUCUGAAGAAGUUCAGCAUCGAGGAAAAACAGCUUCCUCGGGUUUCAAAGAAAGAUGCGAUCGUCCGGUACUACGGAUUAGAGAAAGGGCAAGUUGUGAAGGUGAAUUACAGAGGUGAACUCACACAUGUUGCCUACCGAUGUGUGUGGUGAAGUAACCAAUGAAAAACCAUCACGUGUACUUAUUUUCAGAAGUAAACUUUAAAACCAGUGAAAAACCAUCUCGUGUACUUAUUUUCAGAAAAAAAUAUUGUAUGUUUUGUAAGGUUUUGUUUUUCAUCCUAGACGAUCCUUUGCUUUGAACACAAGAAAAAGUUAACAAAAAUAAAACGAAAGAUCCUUUGCUUGUUCUUGACAACA